AUGAAAUCCUCACCCUGGCAUCUCUUUGUCCUCUUUGCGAGCUGCACGACUCACAUCGCAGAGGCGACAACGAUCGCGACCUUUACGGAUCACAAGUGUCAGCAUCCACUCAAGCAGUUGAAGGGACAAAAUGGCUACCCAAGUGGUAACUGUACAGAAUUAGGAGAGGCUGGUGACUAUGGAAGCUUCAAGGUCAUCGAGGAGGAUGCAGGUUCGAAGACAGCACCGUCGAGUAAUGAUAAUAAACAUGUCGGUGCCAUUGCAGGAGGCGUUGUCGGAGGUGUUGUAGGGACUGCGCUAGUACUGGGCAUGCUGUGGUUCCUGUGGAGGCGACGACACCCGCGGCGUAAAGGUCGCCGCGCAGAGCUCCCGGAUUCUGAGUCACGUCAUGCUUUAGGGUUACGAGUGUCAGAACUGGAGGCACCGAAGGCGAUAUAUGAGGUGCCAAUCACAGAGUCUUCUCCUUCAGAACUUCCAGAGUCCAAAGCUCUUCCUUCAGAGCUUCCAGAAACCUAA